AUGACCGCCGCCAAUGGAGACAGAUCGAAGUUGCCCGUGUUGUUCUUCGACAUCGACAACUGCCUAUAUGCGCGAAGCACAAAAGUGCAGGAACUCAUGUCCGAUCUCAUUGACAAGUACUUUGCCCAGCACCUGAGCCUACCCCAUGAGGAGGCUGUGCGGCUACACAGCGAGUACUACACAAACUACGGUCUUGCUAUUGAGGGCCUUGUGCGCCAUCAUGAGAUUGACCCGAUGGAAUAUAACGCCAAAGUGGACGAUGCUCUGCCGUUGGAGUCCAUCAUUAAGCCGAAUCCUGAACUGCGUCAGCUGCUCCAGGAUAUUGACAGGAGCAAAGUCAGGCUAUGGCUGUUCACCAACGCCUACAAGAACCAUGGCGAGCGUGUCGUGAGACUGCUCGGAAUCGAUGACCAAUUUGAGGGUUUGACGUACUGCGACUAUUCCGCGGUACCUUUUGUCUGCAAGCCGAGCCUUGACAGCUACAAGAGAUCAAUGCGUGAAGCUGGCGUCGAGAACCCAGCCGACUGCUAUUUUGUCGAUGACUCGUACAACAACUGCAAAAGUGCACAGGCCUUUGGAUGGACCGCGGCUCAUUUGGUUGAAGAGGGCAUCAAGGAACCCGCGAUCAAGGCAUCACAGUUCCAGAUUAAGCACCUGAGUGAGCUCCGUGACAUUUACCCGCAAUUUUUUAAAUCCAGUUAG